GAAGUGGGUUGCUUUGAGGCGGCCAAGGCUGGCUUGAGCGGGUCUCCUCAGCUGCUUCCUUGCUCGAGUGCGUUAGCUGCGGCCCCUUUCAUCACCACGUCCGAGUAAGAACUUGAACGUACUGGAAAAUCUACCUGGCACCAAAUUAUUUGUAAGCCAGAGGAUGAGUAACCAAUGGGCAUAAGAGAUUGAAAGCAUUCAACUUCCCUGCAAACCUUGGUGUAGAUCACUUCCUUUUCUGUAGGUUGGAGCCAAAGAACACAAUGAGUACAAGAAAGCGUCGUGGUGGAACAGUAAGUUCUAGACAAUCCCAGAAGCGAACUCGGGAAGCAACCUCCACCCCUGAGAUUUCCUUGGAGGCAGAACCCAUAGAACUCGUGGAAACUGCUGGAGAUGAAAUCGUGGACCUCACCUGUGAAUCUUUAGAGCCCGUGGUUGUUGACCUGACUCACAAUGACUCUGUCGUGAUUGUUGAAGAAAGGAGGAGGCCAAGGAGGAAUGCAAGGAGGCUGCGCCAAGAUCAUGCUGACAGCUGUGUGGUGAGCAGCGAUGAUGAGGAAUUUUCCAGGGACAGAGACGUGUAUGUGACCACCCAUACUCCCAGAGGUGCCAGGGACCAGGGAGCUACGGGACUCAGGUCUUCUGGUACUGUCAGUUGUCCAAUUUGCAUGGAUGGAUACUCUGAGAUUGUGCAGAAUGGGCGGCUGAUUGUCUCUACAGAAUGUGGCCACGUCUUCUGUAGCCAGUGCCUCCGUGAUUCUCUUAAGAAUGCUAACACUUGCCCAACUUGUAGGAAAAAGAUAAACCACAAACGGUACCACCCCAUUUAUAUAUGAAGUGUUCAGAGCUUCUCAAGAGACACCAAUGAACAGACAGACAGACGGCUGGGCUCUCCGCAUGGUAUCUGCCUCCGAUUUCCUGAGCUCAAAAAGACUGUUUCAAAACCAACAUCGGAUAUGUAAACUGCUCUUUUGUUUCUGACCCUGUUAGUCCCUUUUGUUAUCUCUAGUUUGAUGCUGUGGAGCUAGACCCAGAGGCCAUCUCAGGCGAGUUCUGCAUCUCUGCUCCUCUGGAGUAGUCUGAUCCCAACAGUAGGAAAAAAAGAGGCACAUUGGAGCCAGGCAUUAUGACUCCAGCCUCUUUAUGGAGCCUACACAUUUGCCAAGAAGUUUCCCUCUUGGGAAAGCUUGCCCCAACUCUCCCAAGCACAGGACCUUCCUGGGCAUCUGCCAGUUGACCAGUCUGCCUGCUACACAAUGACCUGGCUAGACAUGGGCCACCUGGCUCAACGGUCCAGUGUAGGAGCCUUCCCUGGAAGGCCCAGCCAUUGGACAUUUUUUUUUCUUGAGAGUCAGAGAUGACCUGUGAUUCUGCCUGCACCUUAUCAUUGAUGUGCAGUGUUAUAAUUAUUAUUUUUUCUUCUUUAAUUCUGAUGUGCAGUGUUUUCUGCAAAUCAAGAGAACCUCUGCAGGGCAACCCUGUUUCCUAAGAACGAGAAAGUGCAAUAAAGCCCGUUCUUUACCUGCUCUUCAGCAGCCCAGGAGAUGUAGCACUGCUAGUGUCCUCAGAGCCCAGUGUUGCCUGUGGAGCAGUGCUUGUCCACCCCAUCUCUGUUCACCAACUGUUCUCAGGAACCUUACCAUGCUCCAAAGUUCUUACUUGGCACAGGAUACGUGAGGCCAAUAGGGCAGUCACGUGUUUGGGUGUCUUUUCUCUUUUCUGAUACGAUCUGUCCUGUGUUGGCCACAUGCCCUCCGGUCCUCAGUUCCUCAUUUCCCACUGCCUAAUGUCUGCCCAAGCAUAGAUAGCAGGAGGUAGUGGCAAUAAUUGUGGCCUUAUCAGCCACUCACUUCCAUGCUUUUGCCCAGAUUACUGUCAUCUGUUUCCCAGAUGUUGGCCCACCCGAUCCCUACUUGACCAGGCCCUGAUUUGGCUUUCUCACACACACACAUACCUACCCCCCAGUUGAUACUUACUUCACAAGCUGUUCUUCUGGUCAGUUGGGCUUUGAUCCUUUGGGCUUUUGACUGCUCCGCUGAUUUUGGAUAACAAAGCAUGGUGGCUUUUCCUACCAGGGGUCACAUAACAACCCUGCUCCACUCCACCUCUAUGUGGAUGCCUCGGUUGCUCUCGGAGGCAGUGAGGGGAUCCGUAUUACCCUUGAGGGCUCCAGGUGUGGGGUGGCUCAUGGGGAAGAGACCUUGAUUGUAGGCCAGCCUCCACACCCCUCCUCUACAGGGCUUUAAGCCAAACCAACAGCCUUUUCGUUGAAACAUCUUUAAAAGGUGGGAAAGGGGCCACUUGGGGCUUUGCUAGCAAUAACUGACCUUCAGUUUACCCUUCUGAAGGAGCAGGGACUCAGCACAGAAUUCACUUUAAAUGGGUCUGAAGGAGUGUCUCUCCUUUGUGAAGAGAAAAUAGUUCUUCAUUCUCACUUCUUGAUGUUUUGCUUACUUCCAGUUAGCUUGAUUGUGGGAUUGAUUCUCCAUAUGAAGAGGGUAGGAGCAUCAGCUCUCAUCAUUGUGAUGUGUAGCGUGUUUGCCCUCUGCUUGGACAUCAUGGCCAUUAAGUCCUCUGGGCUUCAUGGAAAAGCUCUUGUUACAUUCUAAUAAUACCCAGACUUCAAGAGCCAAGAUAACCAUGCAGCCAGUUGACCAAUAAAUAUGGUGACACCCAUUAAAAAAUUUCUUUGCAUUUAAUUCUUGAAGAUAACGUGGUAGAUCAUAAAAGUUGUAUUACUUCAUUCUAAAUUACGUUGGGAAAAAAGAUGUGUUCUACUCAUCACAUACUGCAGACUAGGGUAAGGUUGGUGUGAAAAAAUGCCUUUCCUUUCCUUUCCUCAAUGUACAUAGUUCAACUCUUUCUCUGUUACAUUUAAACUACGCUCAUGGAUAUCAGUCUGUUUUGGACUUCUCUACUAGUGUUAAAGAUGAAAAUAAAACCAUUAAUUUGAACCCAGAUAUCUUUCUCAUGCAUUUAUUUGCUCUUUG